UUAACCGUUUGGGAGGAGGUACACCGCGUACGCUAGGGCACAAGCUUGAUAAAAACCCUUUUAUGUCAUUCCAACUUUCGAACCAAUUAUUUUGGAUACAACAGCCCAUAAUUAUGCGAACCCCACGGAUCUUUGUGUGUUAUUGCACUGGAUGGAAGUGAUGUUAAGUUCGAUUUGGAAUGUAACCGCAACUUCCAUAUCCAUUACCGAAUACCUACUUAUUUCUCUCUCUAAUAUGAGAAACCCCUGAAAUAACGCUGCUUGCCUGCAAAUUAAAAUUCUCUCUCUCUAAGUCGCCAUGGCCACCGUUUCUAGGACUCGCCGAACCGCCGACGCCCGAUCUGGCGGAAAAAUCGUCAGAGACAGGCGAAUCGCCGCCGCGAAAACCCCCUACGACCGUCCCACGCUACCCACUCCUACUCAAAAUCGUAAUUGGCUCACCGGAGUGGUUUUUCCCGCAACUCGUAUGAUUGCCACCGGUGCCGGCAAACUUUUCUCCUUUGUCGCUGGAGCCGACUCUUCCUCGUCGUCUUCAGACAGCGAUUCCGAAGAUGACGAUGCUGACAAUGACAAUGAUGAGCAUCACAUUCUUCCUGAUGAGGCAGAUGGAUUGAAUAAGAAGAAUGGAGCUUCAUCACAAACAAUCAAAUGCUUUAGGAAGGAGCCACAAGUAACUGUUGGUAAGAGUGAAACCAAAUGUGUAAUUGAACGAUUACUUAUGCAGGAGACCUUUUCAAGGGAAGAAUGCGAUAGACUAAUAAAGAUUAUUAAUUCACGAGUUGUGGAUUAUUCCACCAUAAAAGAGGGACAGAAUGAUGUUCCUGAUCUCUGCAGUAAAGCUGUUAUGGAAGCAAAAAGAUGGUUAGAGGAAAAGAAAGUGGGAUCCAGUUCAAAAUCAAACUUAGAUCAUGUAACCUUCACUUUUAAUUCUGUUGAGCUGCAACCUGUUACUGAAGGUGAAGUGGGCUCACCAGUGGAUGUGGCCAAAUCAUAUAUGCGCUCUCGCUCUCCAUGGGUGUCUCCUAUAAGCCAUGUAGAUUUAAAAACUCCAUCACCAGUGGGGAUAGAGCCUUCGAAGGAAGGAGCAUCAUUUCCAGUUGGCAAUUCUUUCUCCUCAUCAAAGAAAAGGGAUUCCCUUGCCACUGGGUCAUGGAAUAUCCUGGAGGAAGUACGAAGAGUGCGUUCUAAGGCAACAGAUGAUAUGCUACGGACUCUCCCAUCCAGAAAAAUUGAUCUAUCGUUAUUUGCUCAAGAACCUAAAGCCAGCCAAAAUUUUUUGGUGGCUGGUGAGACCGAAGCAGUUGUAGAAAAUAAAAUGCAAGAGUCAAAUUCUUUAACAGCUGCAAAAACAAUUGAUGCAUCUGCGAACUUGGCUGCAGGAGUUAGUAUUAGCCAUGUUGUUCCAGUUUCAGAGAUGACACAAGAUGGUUCACAUAAUAAAGCUUUGUCAUCCAGUCCAGCUAUUUUUGUUUCAGAACAAAAUCAGGACAUGGAAGCCAGUCCGACUAUCAAGGGAGAAGGAGUUGAUGCUUCCGAAUCUCAUCACUCAACAGUUCCAGAUUUUGCUUCAAAUCAACAUAAUGAUUCAAGAUCAAGUAAUAUAAAUGGUUCUACAGCGAAAGAAGUGACUGAAUUGAGAAGCACAUCAAAUGCUAAUGGUUUCCCUUAUUCAGAAUUCAGUUUGUCUGCAGGAUUGGAUGCAGAAAAGGAUCCUAGACCAUCUGAUAGUGAGAACCUAAUUCCCGUUGAUUCAAGCCACGACAAACUGAAUACUAACAUCCCUGUAGAAGAGACCUGUAAGCUUCUGAGUGAAACUUCGGUCGAGGUCCCAGUUGUAGAUGAAACCAACAUCAUAGCUGGUGACUCUGAGAACAGUUCUAGCAUGCACUAUGAGGUGUUACCAUCGAAACGGACUCGGCUGAAUCCAACACGCAACUUGGCAGGCAAGAGACGCAAUAUGGUUGAGAAGCAAGAGGAAAAGAGAUCGAACAGAUACAACAGAAAGGAAAGGGGAAGGGGAAGGGGCAGGGGUAAAUGAUGCAAAAAAACUGUGUUGUGUAAUGGAUUAUUUAUGCUGUACAGUAGAGUGGAAGGGAUCUUCCACCUUGUGCGGUUGUAGUCUGUAGUGAGAGUCAUGUCUUUUCAUUGUUCAUUCAAUUAUCAUUAGAAUCAUAGACUCUUAAUGUACUUCUAGAGCUAACAUUGUGUACUAGGCAUGACACAGAUUUUAAUUUGCAAGGUAGGCCUUUUGAUUUUUA